AACUGUGAUUCAGAAAAUGACUUUUGCAAUUGUUCCUUGUGUAUCUGAUGAUGCCCCAGACGUGCAACUUGUCGCAACAUUUUGCAGAAGGAAAUGUUGUCAUAGGUCUAUAGCAGCAAAAGAAGAAAUGCAUUACAUUCAGUUUGAAGUUAAAACUUGGAUCUGUACAUUGCAAAUUUCAAUAGAGAAACGGACCAAGGAACGACACGCAUGGAGAACAAACUUGCGAAGGCUCUGUAUGACAACACCGCAGAGUGUGCAGAUGAGCUGGCUUUCCGAAAAGGGGACAUCGUCAUGGUGCUGAAUCAGAACGUGGCCGGCACCAGCGGAUGGUGGAUGUGUUCUCUUUAUGGACGGCAUGGUCUGGCUCCUGCAAAUAGACUGCAGCUUUUACCACAAACUGGAACCAAUGCGGGCUCAUUAAACCAUGACACAGAAAAAUGCAAAUUAACUGAUGCUGAAACUGAUGACAGUGCACAAAAUAUCUACCAGAUCCCUAGUGUACCCCGACCCUCCAGCAGCCCAGCAUACGAACGCAUGGACAUGAUCUACAAGGUCCCGCACACUCCUUUAUCAGCAUCAAAAAUUCCAGUCCCGCCAGCACUUAGGCACAGCACAGAAGGACUUGGGGGAAACAAGACUUCAGACUUCAGCAUGGUGCCCAGUCCAACAGGGGAGGUUUACGAUGUUCCAAUCCAAGCAAGACGAGCUUCUGUUUUCACUGCAUCAACAACUCCAAGACACGUGCCUCGAAAAAACUCACUGAUUCCACUUUCUGAGCUGGAGAAAAGAUUUGACCACUCUGAGAGUUUAAGGUGCAGCAGUCCAGGAGACACUUAUGUCUAUGCAGUUCCACCACCUUUGCCUCAGGACCCAAACUAUGACAUCCCUAUUCCCUCAUCUACAGAAGCCCAGAAAGUGAUUGGUGGAUACAGCACCCUCCCCAACCCCUGCAAGCCUGAGUGGAUUUAUGAUGUUCCAGUGGGUCCAGAGAAACAAAGUCCACCCUAUGAUACCAUGCCCUCAAAACCCAUUUGCAGGGAACUUUAUGACACUCUUCCAACACGUGCUUGGCUCAUUCAAAGAGGCACUCCAAGUCCCUCGCUUUAUGAUAUACCAAAACCCAGCCCAAGUCCACCCAAAGUGCUGCCAAGGGUCCCAAUUUAUGACAAGCCUCCAACUCAGAAGCUUACAGAGGAGCUGGUAUAUGCGGUUCCACCCAAGGAGGAACCCCUUACUCAAGUUGGCAGUGCUCCCUCCAGUGAUCACAUACCCCUAGAGUGCAGGGGUGACUCAAGCAAAGCUCAUGAACUCAAAAGAGUGCGUCUGCAACGAAUGAGGAACUUUCUGGCUUGUUCGUCUUUCCAUGACCUUACUGGAAGUGGGGACUCACUGGUGCAGGAGGAAGAUGAGCGAGACAGAACCCUACGUCUCUCUUCAACAGACAGUCAAAGAAUCAGCACGGCCUCCAGCUCCUCCACGAGCUCCUGUGACUCUCUGGCUCUGAGUUCAUCCUCUCCUGAGCCUCUGCGAGAAGUGACGCUUAGCCAGGACGAGGCCUGCCGCAGACUUUUGGACCUGCAGGAGUCCGUUUGCAGGGCUGUUCCCCGUCUAAUGGAGUUUGUCAGCAGUCACUGGAGGAGCAAAGAACAUCUGGAGAAACACCUGAUGGAGAUCAAAGAAGCAGCAGAGGGGAUUGCAUGUUCUCUGAUGUGCUUCCUAAACUUUACCCUGGACAUUAAGGGAAAUGCCCGUCGUUUGACCGAUGGCAACCUUCAGACAAGGCUCUAUAAACAGCUAUCUAUCAUAGAAGAUUCAGGUGUGAUCCUACAACAAACAGUAAGUGCUCUGAACAUGGCUGGCUGGCCCCUUAAUACACUCUGUCAGGACCCUGGGCAGGCCCAGACACCUGACCUACUGGAGCGCUUUGUUAUGGUGGCACGCACUGUUCCAGAGGAUGUCAAGCGCCUGGUGUCCAUCAUCAAUGCGAAUGGUAAGCUUCUGUUUAGAGCCCCUCAGAAAGAUCCAGAUCCUCUCAACACCAUAGGUCAACCAGAGACAAAGAAAAGUCCCAAUGGAAGUGAACAAGGAGGGGACUUAGUGGAGGAUGACAACGAUUAUGUAGAGCUACAGACUAAGAAUGAUUUUGAAAAGCAGCAGAAGGAAGUGGAAAAGGAUCCAAAAGAAAAUGUCACAGCAGUCUCUAAAAAUGCCAAUGUUAAUAACAAACGUCACUCCUCUGAGUCUGGCAGUGGCACAGAAGAACAUAGAUCCUCCUCCUUGUCAGAGCACUGCCGGCUUUACUUUGGUGCUCUCCAGAAGGCCAUUGGGGGUUUUGUGGGCAGCCUUCAGGAUGGCCAGCCACCAGAGAAAUUCAUCUCGCAAAGUAAGCUGGUGAUCAUGGUGGGCCAGAGACUGGUGGACACCCUGUGCAAGGAGGCCCAACUUGGCGGGUCAACCCAGAGCCUUCUGUGUAAGAGCAACCACCUGUGUGCUCUCCUAAAGCAGCUGGCGGUGGCCACCAAGAAGGCGGCGUUGCACUUCCCGGAUGCGCAAGCUCUGCACGAGGCUCAAGAGUUUGCAAAGGAACUGGCCAAAAGAGCACAGCACUUUCGGAUAUCACUUGACCUCUGAGUGUGCACAUAUCAAGCAUAUUAAUUUGUUUGUAUAGCAAAAAACAUUGUUUUAUUCAUCACCAGUUUUGAUUUUGUCAUAUUCAGCUACAUUUAAGCUUUACUAGCCAAAAAGAUCAUUGCUUUGUGCUGAAUGUUGUUAUCAUAAUGAAUACAGGUACUGGUUUAAAUAUUAAUAAUAUUAGAAAAAAUCGCUGGGACGAACAGAACAAUUGAAAUAUGGAGUUUUAUUUGUAUGAGGAUGAAAGACUUCACCACUGUGGAGUUCCAAAGUAAAUUGCACAUUUAGGAUACUGUACUCAAGCCAAUUUUAAAAUGCAAUUAAAAUAUGAAGUAUAAAAUUUGUUUAUAUAAUUUACAAGUAUUUUAUAUUAUCCUAAUAUUGUUUGUAAUGUGAAUGUUUUAUGUAUGUUAUUACUUUAUUAUGUAAGAGGUAUAUUCUCCAGGGCAGUAGUUUGAUACAGUCAACUUUUUAAAAAUAUCUAUGUAAAUAUUCAAAAAAAAAAAAAUUGUCAUGCAUUCCCAAACAACAAUUAAAAACUUAAAACUGGUUUAUUUUUAAUGUUUAUUGGAAGCAUACAUAAACAUUAGUGACCAUUGUAGAAGAUAUUUAUUUGGCCAUUACAGUAAAGAGUAUUUUACACAUAAAGUUUAUGUUGGUUGCAUUAUGGGAAAUGUAGGAUCUGAUGUUUUUGGAUCUUAAUCCAAAUCAGGGACUAAAGAUCAAGAUAUCUUGGCCACUGCUGCUUCAAUUUUGUCUGUUCUUUUUUAAAAUCUGUCUCUUGUGACUUCCUCAACUGUAUGAAAGUGCAAAUAACUGAAGUUUAAUAGUACAAUUUGUGAUUGCUCAAUGCAGUCGAAAUAAUAAUUUCCACUUUGUUGUCUCUACAGGAAGGUCAGAGGUCAGUGUCAUGACAGAACAGGAACCCUAAAGUUUCAGUGUCUUGUUUAACCCUCUAUCAUGUACAAUUUUACAGUUAACCUUUUUACACCAAUUUCACCAAUGGGAUGCCAGCACUGUGUAAACCUUCCACCUUCAGACUGCUAGUGCUAUAAAUAUGAAUUUGUGAUAAAUCCAUAGAUUAUCCUUCAUACCAUGAGAUAGUAUGGUGGUGUUAUAUAGCAGUUAUUAUUGGAGCUUUAUAUCAUUAUGAUGUACAACAUUGUAAAUAUAGCACAAGUCAGUCACUCUGUAAAUGUAUUUGAAGCAGAGCCAUGUAAGCGUAUUCCCUCUGCUGUGUGCUUCAUGUGCAGAUGUCUGCCCGCCAUUACCAUGUGAAUGAGCAUUUUGAUGAGCAGGGAUUAAAACAAAUGCUAUGAGUAUGGAAGUCAAAAAA